ACGCUCUUUGUUUGCGGAGUCAACCCGGCUAUGACAUAAAUACAUAAUCUGGGCUGUGUAACAGCUUUGGGAAGCUAGCUUGAUAUGCUGCUGCUGAACUUUAAACUCGGGUACAACUGUUAGCAGACUUUUCAUACGCCAAAGUGAGCAACACCAACGCUAGCAUAAGCCACGUGAGGUACAGUGCUAACAUGACACUCAACACGGAAGAAAAAGGUUGGCAGAGCUUGAUUUUAAGAUGUGUAGUGAAGCCUUUUUUUCCCUUCUUGCAGGGGCGGUCCAUGAGGGAGGGGGUUUAUCCUUUAUGAUGUUAUCAAAUGCCGCAACUUCACAAGCAAGCAUUUGAGUGCGGCACAAAGAAGCAAUCGCGUUUUCUCUUUUUUGGGUGCCAAAGCUUUCAGCUCACGUCUCAGUUGGAGUGAAGAAAAGCUCACGUCUUCAUUAUUGUCUGCCAGCUGCAACGCAUGAAAAAUCUUCACCAAAUUUUUCUCUUCCGCACCUAGGUCAGGCUUUGAUUGACAGGCCGGUGACAAGAUCAGUGAGGUGGCUCAGGUGCCCUGGAUGUCCCAGAGGGCGUGGAUCUGGAUGUGUGAGACGGCUUCAUGGGCCUGAGGGACCAUCUAGAGGAUGGGACAGGCCCAGGGUUGGAUCUGGACUACCUCCACGUGGAAGGCACCGAGCGGCCUGAUGGUCUGGGCGCCACAAAGGGUGCUGGGAAUGUCGCAGCCGUUGGCUCUGGGGCCCUCAGUGACAGCACCAGCAGUCUGGAUAGCAGCAGCGCUAGCUUUAGCAGUUUCUCUGAGGAGAGCGGAGAAAGUGAAGAUGAACGACUCCAGGCUAAAAACGGAGACGCCUCUGCCAGGCUGGACCUGGUGCCAAAGCAGUCAGUGGAAAAAUCACCUCAAAUUCAGACUACCACUGAUUGUCGCAGCAAAGUGGACUUUGCUUUGAAGCUGGGCUACUCUGAAGAACUAGUGCUGCUGGUGCUUCACAAACUGGGCCCGGCUGCACUCAUCAAUGAUAUCCUGGGAGAACUGGUCAAACUGGGGACCAAAGCUGACGUGGAGCAGCAAAGGAGCGGAAGCGCACAGUCUCCUUCCUCCUCUCUGAUAUGCUCCUCGUCCUCAACCGACUCCUACAGGCUGCUGUGCUCGUCCAAACUGCUGGAGGACAAAGACAAUCUUCGGCCUGUUGUGGUGGAUGGAAGCAACGUGGCCAUGAGUCAUGGCAAUAAAGAAGUGUUCUCCUGCCAUGGCAUCCAACUGGCUGUUGAUUGGUUCCUGGAGCAAGGUCAUCGUGACAUCACUGUUUUUGUCCCCGCCUGGAGGAAGGAGCAAUCCCGUCCGGAUGCUCUCAUCACAGACCAGGAAGUUCUACGGCAACUGGAAAAGGACAAGAUCCUAGUCUUCACACCUUCGCGCCGAGUGCAGGGACGCCGAGUUGUCUGUUACGACGACCGUUUCAUCGUCAAGCUGGCCUACGAGUCAGAUGGCAUCAUAGUGUCCAACGAUAACUACCGCGAUCUGGCCAAUGAGAAACCGGAAUGGAAGAAGUUCAUCGACCAGCGACUGUUGAUGUAUUCCUUUGUCAACGACAAAUUCAUGCCCCCGGAUGACCCACUCGGACGGCACGGACCCAGCUUGGAGAACUUCCUCAGGAAGCGACCUAUUAUUCCGGAACACAGGAAGCAGCCAUGUCCUUACGGUAAGAAGUGUACGUACGGCCACAAGUGCAAGUUCUACCACCCGGAACGGGGUAGCCAGCCUCAGCGUUCUGUAGCUGAUGAGCUCCGUGCCAGUGCCAAAAUGUCCUCAAUGGUGUGUAAAGACCACGCGGAAGACACCCUGAUGAUGAAGAACCAAACAUCGGUCCAAGCGGAGGAUCAGUCCGAGGCCUGCCAGAGAACCCCAAAGAAACAGUUCAGUCCUCUGAGCUCUCUCACUGAUCUCUUGGAGGACCAGCUUCAAGUGCAGUCCAAAGUGGAAGCCCGCAGAGGAAGCAACGGCUGCAGCAGAAGUAUUUUUGGGGAACCUAUGCAAGGGACGCCUUCUUUCUCGGGAAACCUGGAUGAGUGGGAUUAUCCAGGAGCGAGUGGGGGUGCAUUCAGGGGAUCUACAAGACCGCGACUUGCUGAAAAUUACUAUCAAUCCGAGUCUCCAGUUAUGGGCUACAAAUCCAUGGUGAAUACGUCUUCCAUCCUCAGUCUUCCUGCUGCUGCAGAGGGUCUGGAGCGCUUCUUCCCAGACAAUUUCCAAUCACGGUAUCUUCCCUCAGACUGCAGUUGUGACAGCAGUGUCAGUUCUGACACCUUCUCUCCUGACACCGUGUUUGACAACAGACCUUCAUGCCACCAUCACCAGAGUCAGCUUCGUCAUCAUCACAACCCGCAUCACUGCUCUAACCAGUAUGUCAGACCUGUUAGCCGUAGUCCUCCUGGGCUGAACCAGCACACUGGAAGAAGAAGACAUGAUUUUGAUGUGGAAGAACCACCUUUUCCGAGUCCUCUACAUCCAUUCCGAUCUCCAUCUGCUCACAUCCUACCUCCUCAUCUUCAGCAUUCACUGCUGAACACAAAUCCAGGUGAAUGUCUUAGUCCUACCAUCCGUCCACUCCAAGCAUCCAGUGCUCGCACAUUUUCUCAGGGAUCCCUUCUGGGCUGCAAUCUGACCAAUUCCCAUUGGAAAGAAGAGAGGCUGCAGGACACCAGAGCAUAUGAAGGUUCACAUUUUCCUCCAAGGAGAAACUACUCAGAGCUACGACAACAGCAGCAGCAGCAUCAUCAAGUGAAUUGGGACCAGCACUACCAGCAUCCCCCGAGACCUUGUUAUGAUCUCUUUCCCAUUGAGAACCUUCCUGAUGGACCGGAGAAAGUCUGGUCCUCUCCUUGGAGCAGACUUUCGGCACCGCAAAACUUCCCUGUGGAACAAUCGCCUCCAUCCGCCAUCCUGCAACGGGAGACAUCCUCCAUGGGUCAGUACCAGGACCGAAGGGAGAGGGUGUUCCUUAACCUCUGUGGUAUUUUUCCAGCCGAUAUGGUGAGGGUGGUCAUGACCAGGAACCCUCACCUGAUGGAUGCUCAGGAGCUUGCUGCCGCCAUAUUGAUGGAGAAAGCGCAGGAGAGUUCUUGAAAAAUCGUUUUUUAAUAAUUCAGGUCGUCUCGAAAGACGCAAGCCCGGACGUCCCACUUCAGGCUGAAGACUUCAAGCUCCUUUAGGCGUGUUUUCAAACUUGGACUCUUCCAGCCAUCAAACCCAUUUUUUGUGCACACAGCCAAACGGGAUUUGGUUGAAGUUCUUGGUAUGAAACAAAUGUUCACUUUGCCUUGUCUUGCCACUGUAGUGCCUCAGACCUGAAGUGGAUCAGAAAGAGAAGUGACUCCUCUUUGAAAUCGCAAUGUGAAACCAAAAAGAGGAGUUUGUUAGGACUGCGUCAGUUUCAGGAGAAAGCAUCCCUAGCAUCAGUGUUAUUCUUUUCUAAGUGAAUCCCCCAACUGACAUUUUUCCAAAAAUAUGCUACUUCAGCACUUAAGAUCAGAGUGUUUGGGGGUCGUGAUGUGCACGUUUGCGAGUCCAGGCUUUCAAGGGUAACAGUGCAUUUCUGAAAAAAGUAUUUAUUUGUUAUAUUUUUAAGGUAUUUAUAUGAUUAUGAUUUGGGCACUUUUUGUUAUGGCUUUUUUUCUUUUUUUGGCAAUCAUAUCAGGGUAUUAAGUCACGACUGAAGCCUACCUCGGACUUAACAAAACACGCGCAAAUACAGUAUAUGAGUCGACUUAUUGUCCAUAUCGAUGCAACACAGAUUUCCCGGAAAAAGGGAAGUGAAACUCAGUCGAUGCCAAACAAGAGAAGGAAAAAACACAACUCCUGGCUGGGUCUUUUCAUUUGAUUUCCUCUGGCUUGCAUCAUCUUUUGUGAAAGUGCAUAAUAACGCUGCUGAAGUCAUUGUUCAGGAUUAUUUAAGUCUUCAUUUGUAUUUAGGUCGUCACUAACGAGGGUUUUGUGUUAAACAUGAACACCACACAAGACUGUGCUGAUGCAAUGCAUCCAAUACGUAAAAUAGUGCAAAUACUUGAAAUAUCAAAACCAUUUGAUUAAUUUCAGUGCGGUAAUUCACUGAAUAAGUUGUCCAACAUAGAAUUUACAUCAUGAAUUAGCUUUGUGAAAUAUUUCCUGGGCUGCACAGACAAGUGGUUAGCGCGCAGGCCACACAGCUAGGAGACCCGAGUUCGAUUCCACCCUGGGCCAUCUCUGUCCAUAGGUAUGAAUGUGGGUGGGAAUGGUUGUUUGCCUAUAGGUGCCCUGGGAUUGGCUGGCCACCAGUCCAGGGUGGACCACGCCCCUCGCCCCAAGACAGCUGGGAUAGGCUCCAGCGCCCCCGCGACCCUCGUGAGGAUAAACGGUAGAAAAUGGAUGAAAUAUUUCCUGAUUUUAAAGUAUAUAUACACUUACUCUACAUAUAGACUUGUUUUUUUGUUAAGUCUGUGAGUGAGUCAGUCAGUUUUUGUGUUGUAAAUAUAUCAUAAAAGUAUAUAGAGUAGUCCCUCGCCAAUUCAAAUUUUACGGCUUCACUCCUCAAAGUGUUUUGUGGUUCAAUAUGUCGAAUUAGUCAAAAAUACUAAUAUGUAAGCAAAUGUUACCGUUUUGCCUAAACGAAGCAUUUUAAAGUAUAAAAAUGGCUAAAUCAACUCAAAUAUAUAUAACGUGUUCAGAAGACGCAUUCAAAGUGAUAUGUAGUAUUCUUCACUGGUCACCAGGUGACAGGAAUGUUACUGUAAUGGUCAGUGAGACACACAAGCACCAGACCAGGCUUUUUUUGCAGGUUUGAACAUCAUUCUGAAACUCAACUCUGAAACCCCCACGUGACUUGCUAGGGAACACGUUUACUGAAAACACAAGGAACAGGAGGAGGAUUUAAAUGGUUACUUUUGUGUCAUGUCUCCUAUUUUGGUUAUACGGAGUGUAAAGGUGACUACAGGGGUGUUAUGUCAUAUCUAGAGGGCUAUAAUAAAAGAUUGUAAACAGGUUUCCGAUGCUCCAAAUAGGAAAAUACUCAAUUUCUAAAAAUGGAAUUAAAGAAAUUCACUUACCACAGUCGCGUCUGGAACCAAUGAACUGCAAUAAACGGGGGAUUACAGUACAGUACAGUAUGUACUGCUCCGAUUACCAUGACUGACUUCUAAUUUAGAAUAGGGCUUUUUAAAUGAACCUUUACGAGCAACAAUUUUAAGUAUUUUUAAGUGGGUUCUCCUUUCACUUCCCAACACUGUGGCUACGUCGCUCAUGCAGCACGUGUAACCUGUUCUUUGUUGGUACAAAUUGUAUCCUCAUGAUGAUCCUCAUGAUCCGUGUUUUUAUAUGAGAAUAUAAGAAAUGUUGAGUAAAUGUGAGUUUGUCACAUUGAUUUAAACUGCUAUUCAUAAGAGGAUCACUAGCGUGUUUUGGUGUUCACAUGAUGACAAACACCACUUUCUUUGUCUCAGGGAACGCUCGCCGCCAUGUUUUUACUGAGUUAGUCUAGUUAGCAUUCCCAAGUCCAGCAACUAAUCUAUUAUUCUGUUCCUCUGUGAAGAUGCUGGUUGUCUUUGGACUGUAUGAGUGUUGUGAAAUUGUUGCGUCAUGUUGACACUUGUCAACAAAAUGCAAAUCUGAAGCUCCAAAGUCUCAGGUGGACUUGCAGGUCAGAGGUCAUAACUGGGACAAAGUGGACAUGAACAGAGAAGGUGUUUUCAUGUCAUGGUAUGUCAUGGCAAACAUGUCUGCAAAUGUUGAAAUGCUAUUCCACUCUGUUAUUGUCAUAAUUAACAUUCAUAAUUAUCACUGCUCCUCCUGCCAAUUGUUAAUAAUUGGCACCUCGCAUUAUCGAAAUAAAUGGAGAAACUUGACAUGAGCCAAAAAGGACAAAGCUUGAUGUUGGAGGACAAAUGUUGAUGUGUCACAUGACUAGUGCCAUUGCGGCUCCUCCCACCAGCUGUUCAUGUAUUAAUGAUGGCCACCUUUCAUAAUAGAAAUAAACAAGGACUGCAAAUAAUCCAAAAUGUCAAGGUGUGCUUGCUCAUGUACCUGCACAGGUGGAAAGGUCGUAUCAUUAUUAUUGGUGGCUCCAAGGACUCAAAAUAAUCCACAAAGUAAAAUGAAAGCGCACCGUAUGUUUGCUCACACACAAGCACAUGUGCAAUGUCGACCUGUGAAGCAGUCCUUUUACUCCUC